GCCGACCCCCAGCGAGCUCUGCUUCCUUCGCCGUCGGCGCAAUUAACGGCCGUCUGGCGACCAACACACAAUGCUGACCUGCCUCAGCUGGCGUUUUUUCGAGAUUCUGUAUGGUCGGUUCGGGAUGUGCGGUCGGUUGUUUAAGUUGAAUUGACAGUUGACGAGUGAGAUUUGGCUUAAGUCCGAUAAGCCCCGGAAACAGCGACGCGGCCUGACAGACACCCUUGCCUUCUUUGAGCUUGGCCGGGUUCGAGUUGGCAGCUGCUUAAGCAUAAAACCACACCCCGCUUCUUCACCUUGGCUGUUCGAGGUGUGUUCAUGAUGGGUGUGGAACGGAUUCUGGGUCGGUAUCUUGUCAAUCGGUUUACAUCCUCGCUGUCGAAGAGAGCAUUUUUCACGUGUAACCCUGCCCGGCCGAGGUUGGUUGGGUAUUAUUCGGCCUCUGCCACGAGAAGAGCAGCUAUUGUUCCUGUCUCAACUGCUGUUGCCGCUGCUGCCACGAUGGCUACCGCUGCGGGUGCGGUCGUGUACGAGAGUUCGGUGACGAAACCAGUCAGGGCAGGCAACCUCCCCGACGACGCAGCUUCAAAUCCUCAUCAUGUUAAAGAUGCGGGCGGGAGACAUGUCAAGUUUCGGAAUCCGUACCCCUCGGCGGGGGAUCCAAAGCCGACGAUGUUCCAGACCUUACGGGCAAUCUUGACCGCCAAACUCCAAGGAAACCUCCCCACACCCGACACCUCAGCAGCCAACAUCCCCUCCUGCCCCCCAUCAUUCUCCCCCACAAGGGAAAACACCUCCCUCCGAGCAACCUGGCUCGGUCACGCAUGCUACUACGUUGAGUUCCCCUCCGGUCUGAGGGUUCUCUUCGACCCUGUCUUUGAAGACCGCUGUGCUCCCGUGCAGUGGUUCGGGCCGAAGCGUUACACACCUCCACCGUGUAAACUAGGGGAUCUACCCAUUGUCGACGCGGUGGUGAUCUCGCACAGUCAUUAUGACCAUUUGAGUUAUUCUUCUAUCAAAGACAUCCAAACCCACCAUCCCAACGCCUGGUUUUUCGUCGGGUUGGGGUUGGAGAAGUGGUUCAAGGCUAGUGGGGUGGAAAAGGUGGUGGAGAUGGAUUGGUGGGAAGGGGUGAAGAUGAGUUUGACUCCGGAGGGGGGGAAGGGACAGGGGGGGAUGGAGGCGGAGAUUACCUGUCUGCCGUGUCAGCAUUCGAGCGGGAGGAAUGGGCUUGAUCAUGACAAGACUCUCUGGGCGAGCUGGGGGGUUAAAUCCGGGGGGAAGAGUGUUUGGUUUGGGGGUGAUACAGGAUAUAGGAGGGUGCCGCAGUUGCCGGUUACUCAAUGGAAGGAUCCGGCAGCGGAUUACGGGCCAGAGUAUGAGAGCCUGCCGAAGUGCCCGCAGUUUAAGCAGAUCGGGGAGAGGAUGGGCCCGUUUGAUCUGGGAUUGAUACCCAUUGGGGCGUAUCAUCCAAGGUGGUUGUUUAGCUGGAUGCAUGCGAAUCCGUAUGAUGCGGUGGAGAUCUUCAAGGACACGAAGUGCAAGAAGGCGAUGGGGAUACAUUGGGGCACGUGGGUGCUGACGAGCGAGGAGGUGGAGGAGCCGCCGAGAUUGCUGAAGGAUGCGUUGAAGAGGAGUGGGAUACAGGAAGAGGGUGUAUUUGGGGUGUGCAAGAUAGGAGAGACAAAGGAGUUUUAGUUGGUAAGGAGCUUUAUGGAUCAGGCAUAGCUCCGUGUGUAGAAUGUAGACAUGUGUGGGUAUACCAAUUUGCUGUUUCUAUGCAGCCGGAAGGAGCGUAGUUUUAUGUAGAGGAAAGAUCAUAAACCAUGCAUCUAUGCAGUCGUCUCCAGACGGCGUCUAGCAUCCAUCGUUCUGUCGAUUUUGCGUAUAGUCAUUGUCCAUUGCAGCGUAUCAAGUCAUCAAGCCAUAUCGUACCGCAUCAUACACAUCAACAUCAUGCCAACAAUAUCCCCAACGCCUGCCGAUGCGAGAGAGCACACAAUCAAGAGGCGGCAGUCAAAACGACAACCACAAACUCUACCUCGCCGUUGCCAUUCUUCAGUGGUGUCCAGUGGCUCACCACCUUCCUUGUGGCAUUCUUCCCUCCUAAUCCCGCCCCAUUGUGUGAAAAGACCGAGCUCAGAAAGUCGGCUCCUCUGUCCAACGUGUCGCUCAGUCUGGAGGGCUGGUUGUCCCCGCCUUUGGCGACACUGAUUCCCCUUGUGUAGACCUUCUUGACAGGCGACGUUGAUCGCUGCGACGGAGGUGGCGAAGCUGUGCUUGUCGUUAUGUCUAGGCUGACAGAUUCGCCGGCUGCAAUGGCCGAGCACACUGUGGACCGCACUUGCUUGUUGCUGAUCGAGCUCAUCGUGGCGGCGUUUGGUGUCAACACUGCGAAGAUAUCCCGUCCACUGACCAAUUUGGCAUCGUUCGGCUCAUGAAGACCCAGCAUCGACAGGGCAAAGUGGGAAGAGAAGGAGAUUGUUAGCUGAGCAGCAACACCGCUGCUUGUCGAUGAGCCACAAUGAUAGUUUGGCCGCGUGGGCUGCAUUGUGCUGGUGCUUGCGGCGGUGCUGCUUGAGGGCAAAGAUGGGAUGUACUUCAACACGAAGAACCGCGAGUAAGGAGUGCUGUACUCUUCUUGCGGGGCUUCGGCCUUCCAAGAUAUGGGUGGCAGGAUAGCCUUCUUUGACAACCCGCAAACCCCAUUCGAGGGACUGUCUGCCCGAGGAGUGCUCGGCCAAGUUGGAAUCCUGGCCCGAAUAGUGCUGCCCUUCCGGGAAAACCUCUUGAAAAAGCGAUUGCGAAGGGCUGCCUUUUGGUAGGUGCUGGCUGAGCUCAGGGGACGUUCAGCAUCAGCAUUGAUGGGAUUCCUCCAAACCGGUUUCUCGGCUGGUCGUGGGCCUUUCCCGGACAGCUGCUGGGCUUGCUGGUGUUGCUGUUCUCC